GAGACAUGCAUGCAGAGAUCAUCAGCUCCAUUAAGAGCUUGCAGCUGGAUGGAGACGACCCUCGUAAACUGCUGCAGUCCUGGGGUCGGCUCCGCUUCCCCCGACACCUCCUCCAGAAAAACAAGAACGCCAAACAGAGGCAGGUCAUCCCCAAGAGUUUGCUGGACUCUCGGUCUCUGAAGUACAUCGUGAGCCUGACGCUGCACGACCGCACCACCAAGUCUCUGCUGCACGUUCACAAGAAGAAGAAACCCCCCAGCAUCAGCGCUCAGUUCCAG